UCUAACGGUGAGACUAACACCGACGACGGCGUAAACAAACAAAAGGAGGGACCUGUACUGGUUUAUUUUAUUUCGGACUCGGUAUUAUUUUCUUCUUUAAAGAUGUCGAAAUCAGACAUUGCAAGGCAAUUUGACCUGCCUGAGAGACAAAGUAAACUGAACACCAUGUUGCGGGAAGAAGGCCUGAAAGAUGAACAAGUUUACUGUGUGUGCCGCACAUCUGAUGUGUCGCGAUUCAUGAUUGGCUGUGACAAAUGUGAGGAGUGGUACCAUGGUGACUGUAUCAACGUUACAGAGAGUGAAGCCAAACAAAAAAGAAAUUUUUUUGUGAAAGAUUUUCAGAAAGCAUUCAAUUAUGUGGGUCGAAUUUGCCUUUUUACAAGAUUAUUAGAAAUAGGUCUAACAGGAAAGCUGUUCAAUGCCAUUAAAUCAUGUUACGAACAUACAUGUCGUAUUAGAUUACAUGAUUAUGUAAGUGAAUCAUCUGAGAACAAUAUAGAUGAUGAUGUGCUUUUAGCUGAGGCUGAAUCAGAUUUGCAAAACCUCAUCUCAGUUGUAAAUACCCAUUUCUAUGCCAAUAAUGGGAUGGGGUUUUCCACAUUCAAAACAUUAUAUGAAGUUUGCAUAGCAAAAGUAUGUGACUAUAGUGCAGGUGUGUGGGGAUACGGCACCUUUCCCAAACUCAAUAGUGUCCAUAGCCGAGCAUUGAGGUGUUACCUAGGAGUACAUAAAUAUGCUCCUUUGGCUGCUUUGGAGGCCGAGAUGGGGUUCAAUUCUCCACCAGUUAGGAGGAAGUUGGAAAUGAAUGCACCGAAACUAAGAACUUACAAAAUCAUCAAGACAGACUGUAAUCCAGAGCCGUACGUAAUGAAACAUAUGGCUCGGAAGAAGCGUGCUGUUUAUGCACAAUUUAGGAUUGGAAUUCUUCCAUUGAGAAUAGAAACGGGUCGAUUCAUGAAUGUGCCUCUUCAAGAGCACAUCUGCGAAUACUGUGAUUCUAAUGCGAUAGAGGACGAAAUCCAUUUUCUUCUCGAAUGUAGUUUAUAUAGUGGCCUGAGACAAGAACUGAUAAAAAAGACUUUGUUUCAUAAUGUUUCAAAGCUUAUUAAUGGCUCAAUAUCCCAACUUGAGGAGACAGAAUUUGUAAGGUCAGACAUUACGACUUGUUUUUCAGCCCCAAAGAGUAAAAGCAGCAGUACUAAGAACAGCAGUAGUCACCGUUGUGGUGCUUGUGAGGCCUGCUACCAGAGGGAAGAUUGUGGACGCUGUGAAAAUUGUAAGGACAUGCCCAAAUUUGGAGGGCCACAUAAACUUCGUCAAAAGUGUAAAAAGAGACAGUGUCAUAAUUUUGUUCAGCUUGCUCAGAAGCCAAAUAAAAACAGUAGUAGCACAAGUAGUAAGAAACACAGAGAUUAUGAAAAGGAGAAGUUAACGAAGCCACCACAAACAUUGCCAGCAAUUACUGCAGAGUCUGGUGAUGAUUAUAUGACUGUUUUAAAAGAUAAGAAUGAGUUGAGUGAUGAUGACUUAUGGGAACCAGGAAAGAAGCAAGGAAAAGAGUCUUCACACAGCGAUAGGAAGACUAAAGACAAGGAACCUACUCCACAUAGUCGUAAGAGAAAAGAACAGAUUAAUGUAAGCAGAAAUAAGAGAAGACGCCAUGAACCAGAUUCAUCAGAUUCAGACUCAGAUGCAGGUUGGCUCAAGGGAGAAGCGGCUGCAGUGAGGCAGUGCUUUGGUCCUCAGUGUGUAAAAGCAGCACGGCCAAACAGCAAGUACUGUAGUGAUGAGUGUGGCCUAAAAUUAGCAGAAGCAAGGAUUUAUUCAGUAUUACCACAACGUAUUCAAGAGUGGAAGAUGAUGGAGUGUGUAGCUGAAACCCGCGAUAUCAGGCAACUUGAAAAGAUCAGAAAGCAGCAGUUGGAGGCUCGGGAAGUACUUCAGCAGCUUGAUCAGAGACAUUUGGAUAUUGACAAAUUGCUUGAGCGAGGAAAAAAUGAAAAGAUUGACCCUAAUGCAGAUGAUGGCGGUGAUGAUGAUAGUGGAGACAGUGCUUUUAUUUAUUGUGUCACCUGUGGCCAUGAAGUACCUGCCAGAAGAGCAAUACGUCACUUGGAAAACUGCUUCAACAAAUUGGAGAGUCAAACAACAUUUGGAUCUAUGUACAAGACUCGCAUUGAAGGCAACAACAUGUUUUGUGACUUCUAUAACCCCAGUAGCCUUACCUAUUGUAAAAGAUUGCGUGUGAUGUGUCCUGAACAUACUAAAGCUCCCUUAGUGUCUGAUGUAGAGGUAUGUGGAGCACCACUUACAAAAAACGUUUUUCAAGAAACUGGAGAGAUCUGUUUAGCACCAAAAAAGAAAUGCCUAAAACACUAUUGCUGGGAGAAAAUGCGAAGAGCUGAGAUAGAUAUGGAGAGAGUGAGACAGUGGCUGAAACUUGAUGAACUUUUGGAGCAAGAGCGUCUUGUGCGUCAAGCCAUGACGAAUCGCGCAGGAGUCCUUGGUCUCAUGCUGCACUCGACAUAUGACCAUGCAUUGGCUGAGAAACUUCAGCAGUCACAACAGUAUCAUCAGAAUGACCAUCAGUAUCAUUCUGGUCAUAAGUACCAGCGUAGCACCAGCACUGCCAGCCAAAGUACGAAAUCAACCCCGCAUAAUAAGUCAUCCAGUGCAACUAAUCACAAGACAUCCCAGCAACAUCGGCCUGUUACUUCUCAACAGUAUAAAGCAGGUGACCACCACUAUCAGAAUGAUACCCUUCACAAUGACCAUCAGUACCAUAAUAGUGAACGUAAGCACCAACACACGGACCACCAGUACCAUUCUAGCCGGGAGAGGAAAUACCAUGAUGAUCAUCGCUAUCACAGUGAUCAUCAAUAUUAUUCUAUUAAAAAGCAAAAGUAGAUGGUUAAGAUGUCUUCCUCAUUAAGUGACAAAACGAGAUGAACACAGUAGGAUGUUCUUUGUUUCUUUUUGUUUUUUUAUAUGCAAUACCUGAAAGGUUAAAAUUGUCAGUACCUGUUUUCAUUUAAGGAGCAAGACUUUUAGUUGGUGUUCAUGUGUUACCCUGAUCUUUAGUCUGUUUCCUCCAUCUCAUAAUUAGUGUUUUUGUGAACAUAGCGAUAUGUCCAGAUGUGUCUAUAAUGAUUUAAAAUAGUUUUAUUAUAUACCUGUUGAAUUAAAAGAUUUAUUUCUAAUUACAUUUUAGUCUAUCCACACAUUAGUUUAUUCCUGAAUUAUGUAUAUGUUUCAUAAAGGUGUUCAUCUAGUUUCUUCAUGUUCAAAGAAAUGUACUCUUGGCGUGUUGUGAAAUGAUGUUUAUCAUUUUGCCAGUUUUGCAUUAGUCAUUUUCAACAGAAGAAUUGGUAGACAUGUCCUUGGUUCUGAAGGAUAAGUAAUGAAAUUUGCGCUGUCAAUAAUGACUAAGUAUUUCCUUGAGAGAUAUAAACUUGGAACAGUAUUUGAGUAUGCAAUGUUUGAAUUUCAGUGUAUAUUUAUAAAGUCAAUUAGUAGAUAAGACCUGCUUUGUCUUCAAGAUGGAUAAGAGUAUUAAAGGGUCAUAUUUCAUAUCUAAAUAGUAUUGUUUUAUAUUAAGUCUGAUGUCAAUUUGAAUUUUGUACUUGAUACAGAUUUUCUUUGUAAAAAGGCAUGAAGUACAACCAAUGCUGCCAUUAUAAUUGACUGAUUGAUGUGUUUGUGCAGUGUUUAUUAGGUAUCUGAUUUUUAUCAGAAUUAAUUUGUUUAUACUGUGUAUAAUUGAAUUAUGUGUAUUUUAUAUCACUAUAAUAAAAUCGUAACACAUUUAGAA